GGGGGGGUGGGGGUGGGGGAGCAAAAAAAGGUUAUUUAAAUUUUUCAGGUGAAUUUUUUCUCUGCUUUAACUUUGCCAGGCCUUGGAAUCAGUCGGUUUUUUCAAACAUUUAUUUUUUAAAAGACAGGCAAAAAGCUUCAAAGAAAUGAAUGAUGUCACACCAAAUUUAGCGAUUUAGGUAAGCGCGACAGGGCAUAGCAGAAAACGAAAGUCGCUUUUGAUUUAUUUGAGCAUUUCGGAAAACAUUCAUUGAAUUCUGAAUGUAUGCACGUAAACCUAGGGCUUUUACAAACUCUCUGGACGCAGAUCCAAACAAAAACCGUCCGGAUGGAGUCGUUGAGAAUGAUCUGAUGGCGAUUGGAUAUAUCGAAGUAAAGCCAAUCAAGCAUUCCAAAAACCAUAGCAAAAUUAAUGUCGAUCUUCACAGAUUAUGCACAUUUUCAAAGUCUGGCACUAUUAAUUUCAACAGAAAACAUAUAUAUCAAAUUAUGGCCGUUGGUACGAACAUUCAAUUCAACGUCAGCGAGGCUAUGAAAGAUAUUUUAAUGGUUACAGAAUUAGAUUGCAUUCGUUUUCCCCUUUCCCUGGAUGAAUUACCUCAACUUAUACCCUAUCUUGACAGAUUGUACCAUGUUGUAGACGUCAUUUAUAAAUUACGUUAUACUAGCAAUGCAUUCCGUUUCGAAGAAUCAUUUAAACCCGCCUUAUAUGCAAAAGUAAUCAAGGCAAUUACGGAGAAAUCAGUAGACAGGAACCGCGGAAAUCCAUUUUACCGUCCUCGCCAUCAAAGUUUUACUUUCCUGUAUUACACACAUAUUAGUAUGGUAGACAGUUUUGGUGUUCUUUACAAUUGA